ACAAAUAAAAGCUAAAUUAUUAAAUUUUACCAUUUUUAAAAAGAAAAACAAACAAGCAAACAAGUAGUCAUCUCUCUUCUUCGCCUUGGACCUGGUCACCAUCCUUCGACGGCUCCACCCCUCUCUAUCAUCCUUCCCCCGAAUCCUCUUCUUCGUCUUUUAUCUCUUCCUCUCAAUUCCAAUACCCAUUUUUCAUUUCUUCUUCUAAUCCCCUCUCGCUUUUUAGUUUUCCCGUCUGCUUCCGGGCUGUUUAUCAUCCACUGAUUCGUCGUAAUCGGGUCGGAGCUUUUCAUUCAGACUUCGGAGUUUCAGAUUUUAUCUGGUCUGAUGGGAUCAGAGCCUCGGUUCGAACCGAGGCCCCAACUGAUUGACUUGCCCGUUCUUCAGAAAUUCAAGCUCUACGCUACUCCCUCGAAUUUUUAUUUGAUUGGAAGAGAUGAGAACAAAAGCUUCCGGAGGAUUCUUAAGAUUGAUCGAAGGGACUUAAACGAGUUGAAUUUAUUCGAAGAUCCUACAAGGUACACAAGAGAAGAAAUGCGCGAACUCAAAAGGCGGAUGAUUGUUGGGAACGAGGAUUCUGGUGGCUUUAAAGCAAUCGCUACUUGCUAUGGUAUCAUUGGGUUUGUGAAAUUCUUGGAGCCUUAUUACAUGCUGGUCAUAACUAAAAGAAAGAAAGUGGGUGAGAUCUGCGGCCACACAGUUUAUGGUAUAGCUGAGAGUCAAAUGAUUGUGAUUCCACAUCCUUCCAUCCAGACAAAAGUAGCCAAGUCUGACGCCGAGCAGAGGUACAAGAGGCUCCUAAGCGUGGUGGACCUUAGCAAAAACUUCUACUUCAGCUACACAUAUCACCUCAUGUAUACCCUUCAAAAGAACAUUGGCAACACUGAGCGAGGAAACGUUCAUGACAACACAAUGUUCGUGUGGAAUGCCUUCUUAACACGCGAGAUCAGAAGGAUCCUGCAGAAUACCAUAUGGACAGUUGCAUUGGUAUACGGAUUCUUUCAGCAGACUAAAUGUUCAGUAUCUGGUGAAGAGUUUGUCUUCACUAUCAUUGCUCGGCGUUCACGGCAUUAUGCUGGUACAAGAUAUUUAAGGCGUGGUGUAAAUGAUAUAGGCAGAGUAGCCAAUGAUGUUGAGACGGAGCAGAUUGUUUCCAGAGUGGUUCCUGCAGGUGAGAAAAUCCCAAUAACCUCAGUUGUGCAGAUUAGAGGCUCCAUACCCCUAUUUUGGUCACAGGAGGCAUCUGUUUUCAACCCACAGCCCGAGAUUAUAUUGAAUAAGAAGGAUGCGAAUUACGUGGCUACCCAACACCACUUUGAGAAUCUGAGACAGAGGUAUGGGAAGAGGAUAAUAAUUCUGAACCUCCUAAAGACAGGUGAGAAAAAGCAUCGGGAAACCAUCUUACGGGGAGAGUUUGCAAAGACAAUCCGAUAUAUUAACAAAGGCGCGGACAAGGAAAAUCGUUUAAAGGCAAUCCAUUUUGAUCUAAGCAAACACUACAAAAAAGGAGCAGAUGGUGCAUUCAACCACCUGUGUAUCUUUUCAAGGAAAGCCUUGGAAUUAACUGACUUGUUUUACUGUAAAGCUCCUUCAGGUGUAGGAGGUGAUGGAGUAAUUUAUGAUUCGUUUUACAAUAACCCUCUUCCCAGUCAAGAUGAAGAGGCAAGUAGUCCAGAAAGAAAAACUUUCAAGGCGGAUAUAUAUUUGCUCCAAAAUGGGGUCUUGAGGACAAACUGCAUAGACUGCUUGGAUCGCACUAAUUUUGCGCAGUACGCCCACGGAUUGGUAGCUCUUGAGCAUCAGCUACGUACAUUGGGCAUCUCAGGUCCUCCUGUCGUCGAUCUUAAUAAUCCUCUGGCAAUAGAAUUGAUGGAAGUUUACCAAAACAUGGGUAAUACACUUGCGCUGCAGUAUGGUGGCUCGGAAGCACACAGCAAGAUGUUUUGUGAUCUGAGAGGUAACUGGAACAUGGUGAGGAGGCAGCGUGAUUUAAUCACAGCUAUGCGUCGUCACUACAAUAACGCGUAUCAGGACAGUGAUAAGCAGAAUGCCAUCAAUGUGUUCUUGGGGCAUUUCCGGCCUCGAUUGGGGAGGCCAGCACUAUGGGAGCUGGAUUCUGACCAGCACAACAUUGGAAGAUCUGGUUCAAACUUGGAUAUCGAAAAUAUGAGGCCACUAAUUAGAAGAUCAUUUUCUGAUAAUAUUCUCAUGGACUGUGAGUUGAAUCUGGAGGAGCUGGUGCGCGAAAAUUCUCAGCCUUCACAUGAAGGGUUAAAUGGGGGUAUCUCAGGAACAAAUAUAGAUUUCCCAUUCUGUGAAACUGAACCAGCUUCUCUAAGCUUUCUUUCGGUUAUGCGCAAUGAAGAUCUUUUAAGAGAAACAGGGUCAGGGCAGAUGUUUACAGGCAGUUCCUCUAAUCAUUUAUCGCACAGGCCCAGUGAUGUACCUGGCUUUGCUCACUCGUACAAAACUAAAUUUACUCCAGCGGAAGAAAUAUUUGAACGUUGCAGCUCAAAGUCUUGUUCCUCAGAUAACUUGUUCACCGACCUGGAUGAAUCCGUUACUUCGUUAACUGAUACAAACUCCAGUUUUGAUUUUCCUAUAAUUGGUGGUUCUGAUGUACUACCUGGUUUCUCAAAUGAAUUUGCUCGGUGGGUAUUCUCCGGAAGACCAUGGUAAAAAGGGUGGGAAGAAGAAAAAGUGACUUGCAUGGGAAGGUUACGGUGGUUACUUGACAGGUACUACAGGGUUGAACAGACAUAAUAACAGGACCGCACACCAUAACAGCAACAUCUUGUAAAUAUCCGACUCACCUUUGUAAAGGUCCAUCGUUUUUUUUUUUUUGCUCCUAGCAAAAUUGAUUUCUUUUUCUUUUUUUCACCACCACCCACAAAAUUUGAUUUUGUUUUGGUUUGGUAUAGACUAUAGAGGGUUUGGUUUGUUGUGUCC